UCUCGGUCGCCUUACACGAAAAACGUAAAUUUAGUUGAGCUAAACAUCUUCAAGCGACACAUUUCCAAAUUUAUUUUCCAAAUUUGUAAGUUUGACUCAUUUCGAAAUGUGUUUUGUUAGGCUCCAGACUCCACUUCGAGUUGCAUCGAACCAGAUCCUAAGGUGUGCAAGUCAAUCUGCUGGCAAGGUAUUAAUAACGACGCCUAAAGUUGCAAUUACCGAUGGAAGUCUAAAUUAUUUGCUAGUUUCAAUCUACAUUCAUGGCGAGACACUUUUUGCAAGGACACUUGUGCGAGGCCACAAGGAUUCGCAUAAGUCAUUGUUCGAAAAUUUCAAAAAUGAUAUGGCAGAAGUUGGCCUGUGCACGAAGCCUCUUGGUGGAGGUAUGAUGGAGGUCAAUGAUAAGGCACGAACCAUCAAAAUUAAAGGAGCAUGUCAGGUAAUAAAGCCCUUUAUUUAUGUCAACUUUGUUCUACUUAGUACUGACAUUUUUUACAGACUUUUGGAAAAGCGGAUCACUACAAAGCAAAGGAAAUUCUCAAGUCUUUUAAGAAAUAUGAAAACUACAAGAUUUCGGUGCGGUCUUAAUUGAUGACAAAUUUUUGAUGCGAUAAAUUGGUUUUAAAUGUUUGGAAAAUAGAAUAAAAUAAAUGUGUCGUC